AUGGUCUCACCUUCAUAUGAUGUCCUCAUUAUUGGGGCAGGGAUAUCUGGCAUCAAUGCCGCCCAUCGUCUCCAGACUGACUUUCCUAACUACCGCUUUGCCAUCCUGGAAGCCCGAAACAACAUCGGGGGCACAUGGGAUCUUUUCCGCUAUCCUGGCAUUCGAUCAGACUCUGAUUUGUACACUUUUGGCUUCAAGUGGUUUCCAUGGAAUCAAUCUAACCCCAUCGCAGAAGGGGGAGACAUCUUGAGGUACCUCGAGGAUGCGGCUACUGCACAUGACAUCAAGCAGCAUAUCCGCCUCAACCAUCGUGUGAACGCAGCCAAAUGGGACGGUCAUGAGUGGAACCUCGAGGUAGAAAGUAAGGGCACUUCAGAGGAACUUAACGCUCGUUUUAUCAUAUUUGCGACCGGCUACUACGAUUACCAUAACCCCUUGGAAGCCACUAUACCGGGGCUGCAGAACUUCAAAGGCGAGGUGAUUCACCCCCAAUUCUGGCCCGACCAAUUCGAUGCCUUGGGUAAAAAGAUUGUAGUCAUUGGCAGUGGUGCUACCGCAGUGACCCUUAUACCAUCACUCGCAGAGGACUCGGAAUCUGUGACAAUGUUACAACGCAGUCCUACAUAUCUCACGUCCAUCCCUAAUGCUCGGCUCAACUCCAUCUGGAGCAGACUCCUACCAAAGUCAGCGCUAUACUAUCUCCGUCGACUAUGGUAUCUGGUGGUGCCUCAGUUGUUCUAUCAAUUUUGUCAUACUUUCCCAAGCGCCGCGAGAUCCAUGCUUCAAAACGGCAUGAGGGCGCAACUGCCCCUGGGUGUCCCUUUCGAUCCCCAUUUCAAACCUCGCUACAACCCGUGGGAUCAAAGACUGUGUAUCUGUCCCAAUGGAGACUUUUUCAGGGCUUUGAAUUCUACGAAAGCGAAGGUUGAGACUGGGGUGAUUGACACGGUUGAUGGAAGCGGGAUCCAGCUGACGUCUGGGAAACGACUCGACGCCGAUGUCAUCGUCACGGCGACUGGCUUGAGAAUGAAAUUCUUUGGUGGCAUUCCCAUUUAUAUCAAAGGAAAGAAGCUUGACACUUCUGAAAAGUAUACCUGGAAUGGCCUAAUGCUGCAGGACCUCCCGAACGCAGCACUGGUGUUGGGUUUCGUGAACGCGUCGUGGACGCUCGGGGCAGAUAUUGCCAUGCAGCUCGUCUGUAGGCUCCUGAGGCACAUGGAAAGCAAGGGCUAUUCAACGGCUAUUCCUACUCUUGAGACCCAAGGUCCGCCAGUCAACAAGGCUGUGAUGGAUCUCAAGUCCACCUACGUCAAGCGAGCAGCAAAGGAACUGCCAAAGGCGUCAGAUCAAAGGCCGUGGGUAUCGCGUACCGGUUACUUCUCCGAUUUAUACUUUGCAACAUUCGGAAAUAUUAGAAAGGGUCUUGUUUUCUCCUAG